AUGCUUAAAGUCCUAAAACUGGACAGCCAAGAAGCAGAGCCAGGUUCUGUUCAAGUAGUCAGAUGGAAUGAUCAAUAUCAGAAGCUGACAACUAGUGACAAGUAUGGACUCAUCAUUGUCUGGAUGAUGUACAAAGAUCAAUGGUUUGAAGAGAUGAUUAACAAUAGAAAUAAGUCUGUAGUCCGCGACAUGUGCUGGAACAAGGAGGGGCAGAAGAUCUGCAUCGUAUAUGAGGAUGGUGCAGUGAUUGUUGGUUCAGUAGAUGGACAAAGAAUCUGGGGUAAAGAUUUAAAAGGAGUGAAUCUCACCCAUGUAGCAUGGUCACCAGAUAGUAAACUUCUCGUGUUUGGUCUCACAAAUGGAGAGGUGCAUAUAUAUGACAACAUGGGAAUCAUCGUUAGAAAAUUGGAGAUCUACUGCCUAACCAACGUGACAGGCGCCAUUCAUCUCGCGCGAAUACAUUGGUACAGUGGUCGCGAAGGCUACGUGAAUCCGAAUUGCCCAUGCCUGGCUAUUUGUUAUGAGAAUGGCCGCUGCCAGAUUAUGAGGUUCGAAGGGGAUGACGAGCCUGUACUGCUGGAUACGGGCAUGAUUGUGACUGUGUUGAACUGGAACCACAUGGGUAGUGUGUUGGCCAUUGGUGGGUCACAGCGCUACGCAGGAGCAGACAAGAACGUCAAUGUCGUUCAGUUCUAUACACCGUAUGGGGAGCAUCUACGCACACUAAAGGUGCCAGGUCAGAAACUCUCCUCCUGCUCAUGGGAAGGAGGAGGACUGAGGAUUGCGAUGGCGGUAGACUCUUUCAUCUACUUUGCAAACAUCCGGCCCGACUACAAGUGGGGAUAUUGUACCAAUACUGUAGUGUAUGCAUUUCUAAAACCAGAAAAGGCAGAACACUGUGUGGUUUUCUGGAACUGGAGCAGUGAACCAGGCAAAGAGAAAGCCAAAGGUCUUGCAGCUCCUAGUAGCUUGUCAAUGAAUCAGACUCUGGAUGGACACAGUGAUCAGAUGUUGAAAGAGAUGAUUAACAAUAGAAAUAAGUCUGUAGUCCGGACACCUGUGCUUGGAAACAAGGAGGGGCAGAAGAUCUGCAUCCGUAUAUGA